AUGACUGCGAUCUCCGAAGUGAAGGCAUCCAAUGUCCGAAUCUCGGACGAGACGGCGCCUCAAACGGUGGUGAUGACUGGAGCCACCGAUGGGAUUGGAAAAGCCACGCUCAUUCGGUUGAUUGCGACCAAGGUGCCGGUGAAGGUUUAUGUUAUUGGCCGCAAUGGCGAGAAGCACAACGCAUUCCUGGAUCAGCUCCGGGGAUCCAACAAGCUUGCACAGAUCAUCUGGCUCGAGGGCCAACUGUCGCUCCUUGCAGAUACUCGGAGGCUCUGUGAUGAGAUCCAAUCUCGCGAGCAGCACAUCGACGUCUUGUAUAUGAGCGCGGGCUUCAUUGCAUCGGGAGAGCGAAUCGAGACGUCCGAGGGCAACACGAUCUGGCUAUCGCUGACCUACUCUGGCCGCAUGUUGAUGAUCACCCGACUCCUGCCCCUGCUCAAUGCCUCGCCGAGGAGCCCGCGCAUCAUCUCGAUUUUGGCCACGGGCUACGAGUCGCCUUCCAUCCACCUCGAUGAUCUCGACUUGAAGCAGCCCGGUCGUUUCACCCUAACUGAGCUUAUAAAAGCGGGGGCGACCUACACGACCCUGUCCAUGUCACGUCUGGCGAAAGAAAAUCCGCGUGUCGUGUUCAUCCAUCACAGUCCCGGUGGAGUUGACACGGGCGUCUUUAGAAAGGCGUGGGGUGACAAGUGGUUCUUUCCGGCGCUCAACCUGCUAAUGCGCCUAGCUGCAACUUCGCCCAUGGAUGCGGCCGAGAAGAUCAUCUACAUGAUGACCAGUGCGAAAUAUGGCGGGAUUGGCGUGCCGUUGACUGCGGGCCAGAGCCAAGGCUUGAACAUGGCAAAGACCACCGAAACAGGAUCGCUGUUUUUGGUCAACGACAAGCUCAAAGAACUGCAGCAGGAGAAGAUUAUGGCGAAGCUGCAUAAUCUAAAUGGUGGAGAAAUUAUCUGGCAGAUGACGGUAGAGAUGAUCCGACCAUAUGUUUAA